UCUGAGGUAGGUACCGUAACGGAAAUUAUUUUCAAACUAAAUUUAAUUUAUCAAAAUUAGUUUUGAUUUUAAAAUAAUUAUAGUUUCAUACUCGUGAAUUUAAUCAGAAAAUGGCUGAGCCUUUUGUCUUAGAUAGUAAGAAGGAUCCAUGGUAUUUACGUGUGUUGGAAGAAAGCGACGCGCUUUACAGAAAAAUCGACGAAAAACUUUCACAACAGCAACAGCAAAUUAAAGCUAUUAAGAAAAGGACGGAACUCGAAUCCAAACUAGACCAAGAGCUUAAAUUAAAGGAACAAUUGACUCAGAAGCUAGAUGAGUUGUCGCGGAGAGGUGGGGAGUUGGACCGGGUGUGUGCGGCUCUGAAGAGUCGGCUGACGAUAGCUGACAGUGACCAAAAUCGCCUAGAUAAUGCAAAAGAAACUUAUCAACUAGCAAAAGAGCUGACAGGAGUGCGGUUUGACUUCAGUGCUCCACCAAAUGUUGCAAAGGGAUAUGUAAAAAAUGAGGCCCGUAAAGUGCUCCAGUCUUUUGAAAUGCAAGCAGACAGUGAUGCCCUGUGGAACAUCAUUCACAGCUCGUGUGAUCCCGCCUGGCAGACCGAUAAGGAGAAUCAUCCGCCUAACUGAAAAUUAACCUUAAAUUUUUUAUUAUCAAACGCUAAAGACCCAUUUUACUGCAUAAUAAUUAUUUUGACAAAUCCUACAUAAUUUUAUACAUACUUCAUUGAACACAACAGGCAGUAGUACUUAUAAUACUGAGUGUGCUACUUUCACAGUGAAUACAUAUAAUAAGAAACCUUAAAGUAAUUAUCAUGUAGCUUUGUUGCACUUUUUAUUCUAAAAAUUAAAAAUAAAAAUGACAAUAUUAA